CACCUUUUGCUUCUCUUUUGGCCUCGCUCAACCCCGAGAAUCUCGACCCCCCCAUCUUCUGUUCUGUCCCCUAACUCAUCUCUUCUCUCCGUUCAUUACAUUUGCCUAUAUAGUCUCCCCCACAUUAAUCAUCACAAAGCAGAGAACAAACCCGCUCUCGAACUGCCAUUGCCAAUUAUGGUCGAGCUUCCACGUUCUUUGUGCCUCGCAUCAUUAGUCCUCCUCUUGCUGUCUGCAUUGGCCGUUUCGACUCGAGAGCGAGUCCCGACUCCCCCAUUGCCAGUUCUCCCUCUGCCCUCGUUCUCGCAGCUCCAAUGGCAGCAGCGAGAGAUCAUCAUGUUCCUCCACUUCGGCGUCAACACCUUCACCGACUCCGAGUGGGGGACUGGGCACGAGGACCCGGCUAUAUUCGAUCCGGUUGGCCUCGACGCGAGCCAGUGGGUGAGCGCGGCCGCGGACGCCGGGAUUUCGCUCAUGAUCUUGACUGCUAAGCACCACGACGGGUUCUGCUUGUGGCCUUCUAAGUACACCGAUCACUCCGUGGAGAGCAGUCAUUGGAAAGGUGGAAAAGGGGACGUGGUUCGAGAGUUUGUGGAUGCGGCUAAGGCUCGUGGGGUCGAUGCUGGGCUGUACUUGUCCCCAUGGGAUAGGCAUGAACCAAGAUAUGGUCACAAUUUGGAGUACAAUGAGUAUUACUUGGCUCAAUUACAAGAGCUUCUCACCAAGUAUGGGAGUGUGAGGGAGAUAUGGUUUGACGGAGCGAAGGGUUCAGAUGCACCAAACAUGAGCUAUUACUUCACGGAUUGGUUUUCAAUGGUGAAGGAAUUGCAGAGCUCGAUCAACAUAUUCUCUGAUGCAGGUCCUGAUGUGAGGUGGGUUGGGAAUGAGAACGGAUUUGCGGGGACUACUUGUUGGGCCACCAUUAACAGGACCGCUCUCUCCAUUGGUAACGCAAGCAUUGUCGGGUAUCUAAACACUGGCGAUCCAAGAGGGACUGAUUAUUUGCCACCAGAAUGUGACGUCUCCAUUAGAAAAGGAUGGUUUUGGCACAAGUCACAGUCCCCCAAAGAGCUGAGCAAACUGCUCCAAAUAUAUUAUAAUUCAGUGGGACGGAAUUGCGUGCUACUUCUCAACGUGCCACCAAACACAACAGGCCUCAUUUCCGAGACAGACGUGCACAGAUUGAAAGAGUUGAGGAAUGCAUUGGACACCAUUUUCUCAGUCAAUUUAGCAGAGAAAUGCUCCGUGAAAGCAAGCAGCCGAAGAGGAGGCAAGGACGGUGGGUUUGGGCCUGAGAAUGUGCUGGACAGCGACCACUUGUGGACCUAUUGGGCUCCAAGGGAUGAAGAUGAUGGUGAGGACCACUGGAUUGAGAUGAGGGCGACGGACGGAGGGCUCAGAUUCAACGUGGUCAGGAUCCAAGAAGCAGUGGGGCUCGGUCAACGGAUCAAACGGCACGAGAUCUACGUGGAUGGCAAGAUGAUAGCUCAAGGGACAACGGUGGGGCACAAGAGGCUUCACAGGCUCAAAGGAGGUGUGGUCCACGGUAGUGUGGUGAGGGUUAGGAUCACUGAAUCGAAGGGCUUGCCUCUCAUCUCUUCCAUUGGCCUCCAUUUCGACCCCUUUUGGCAACCCAAGGAUGGGAACUGGCUAUAAUGACAUGACAUAGGCCGAGGGGAGUGAGGGGUACUUGGGAUGAAGGUGAUUCUGAAUUGAAUUUGUCCUAAAGAAUAAGUGGAAAGUCGCUCUUUGCAAGUGCAUCGUCAAAGCUUGAUCUAUUUACAUCUUGCCCCUCAUUUUCAAUUCUAGUCUAGCACUUACCUCUCCAA